AUGGAAGAACAGCUGCUCUCCCUCCUCGCCGACACGCAGCUCUCCGCCGAAGGCCCCCGCAAACAAGCAGAACAGCACCUCGAGCAAGCAAAGAGCAACCCCGCCUUCCCAGUCUCCCUCGCCGCCAUAGCCAGCCACGCCAGCGUGAGCCCGCAGAUCCGACAGAGCGCGCUGCUGAUGCUGCGGACCUUCGUGGAGCGGAAUUGGAGCGGCGAGAGCGAUGACGGGCCCGUGGUGCUGCUGGACGAUCAGGUCAAGGAGGCGCUGAGGCAGCAGAUGCUGGAGCUGGCUACGAGUGGGGAGGCGGAUCGGAAGAUCAAGAGCGCUGCUUCAUACGUUGUGAGCAAGAUUGCCAAUGUUGACUUUCCUGACCAGUGGCCGAGUCUCCUUCCUGCAAUUCUUCACAUGAUUCCCAACGCGGCGGAGGACCAACUCCAUGGUGCUUUGAAAGUUCUGUCUGAUCUGGUAGAGGAUUCGCUGAGCGAGGACCAGUUCUUCUCGGUGGCGCGCGAUAUUGUCAAGGUGGUGUACGAUGUGGCGGUCAGCGAGUCGCGGAAACCGCUCCUGCGCUCUCUGGCCGUUUCAGUGUUUAGAGGCACGUUCGAUAUUAUGGAUAUGGUCAAGGAUGAGCAUGGCCCCGAAGUAAAGGGUUUCGCAGAUGAGGCAUUGAGCGCGUGGUUGCCGUUCUUUAUGGAGAUUAUGAAGAAGCCCCUUCCUGAUAAACCUACGAGUGGUGACAAGGGAUACGAAAGUGAGCGGACCGCUCAACCGGAAUCGUGGCGAGGUCUGAUUGCGUUGAAGUUGCAGGUGGUCAAGACGUUGAUGAAGAUUCGUGCGGUCUUUCCACAGCUGUUGCUUCCACAAAGUCCUGUGCUGUUUACUGCUACUUGGGAAGAGCUUUCGCUGCUGCAGGAUAAGUACAAGGAAAUGUACGUGGAUAAUGAUGAGCAAGGACGUUUGGAGGAUGCGGAUGGCCUACCAUACACACUUGACUUCUUGGUACUCGAGGAACUUGACUUUCUACAAUCAUGCUUGCGAGCACCGCCCGUUCAGAAAGAGCUCGAGUCACAACUGCAGCAGCAAGGCGGUGUUUCUGGUACUUCCUGGGUUAUGGAUGUCAUGAAGUUGGCUGUCGAAUAUGCGCAAAUUCCCAAAGAGGAAGAAGAUCUCUGGGACAUUGAUGUCAACCUAUUCUUGGCCGAGGAAACCUCCGUCACGGCAAACUACACGGCUCGAACUGCCUGCGGAGAUCUGCUGAUCAAGUUAGGCGAGUGGUUACACCAAGGUGCGCUUGAAGGUUUGUUGGCAUAUACCCGGAUUCUCUUCGCCGACGAACCCGCUACCUGGAGGACAAAAGAGGCUUCCUUAUUCCUUCUCACGCAAUUAUUGAGCGACUUCCUUGAUGUCGAGAAGGCUGUCACGCCAGAGAUAGCUAAUGCAUACAUGCCGCUGGUUGACUACGCGAUCAACCGAUCCGAUGAACCUCUUUUCCGAGCUCGUGGCUACCUGGUUGCUGGUAUCCUGGUCCAAAGCAUUCCAGAAGUUGCACUCAGCUUACUUGACCGCACCAUCAAGGGCGUAAAUGGUGACGAUGCCGAGGUGGUCAAGGUCGCUUGCAUUAAGGCGCUCCAAGGUUUUGUCCAGGCACGCACGGUACCAGCUGACCGCCAAGUUCCUAUCAUCGCAUGCAUCUCAGAAUACCUGUACUCAAAGGACUUGACUGAUCUUGAGGAUGCCGAUGAUCUUCUGGUCACUCUGGUCGAGACGCUGCGUGCUGCGAUUCAAAUUGACCCAAGAAUCACGGUCCAGAGUGACAGUGGCGCUUUGGACCUCUUGUUUGUUCUCGCUAAGCACGGAGCAGCAAACUUCCAAUUGACUAUCUUAGUCAGCGAAUCAUUUGAGGAAAUUGUGAGCUCGUUGUCACGAAGCCAUGCAUACACAGCACUGUGCGCUAAGGUCUUGCCGUCUUUGACUGGUGCAUUUGAUGUUGGUGACAUGACUGGAGAUGAUCCCUUGGUGGAGCUCGCUACCGAAUUGCUUACCGUCCUCACCGAAAACGGCUCCGAGCCACUCCCACCUGGAUACGUUGCUGCGGCCUUUCCGAAACUCAACCGCCUACUGAUGGCUACCACUGAAGGUGGCGUUCUCCGACCCGGUGCCGAGGCUAUCAAGUUCAUGCUUAUGCACGAUCAUCAGCAAGUAUUUGCUUGGCAAGACGAGGCCAACCGAUCCGGUCUCGAGGUCUGCUUGAUUAUUAUCGACAAGCUCCUCAGCCCUGCAAUCGAAGACAACGCGGCUUCGGAAGUAGGUGGUCUUGCUGCAGAGCUGGUUGAGAAGGCUGGUCGAGAGCGUCUGGGUCCGUACCUGGACCAACUCCUGCGCGCGGUUGCAUCACGGCUUGCAACCGCUGAAGCUGCGCCAUUCAUCCAAUCACUGAUCUUGGUCUUCGCUCGUCUCUCACUCGCUGGUGCCCAUGAUGUUGUAGAGUUCUUGGCUCAGAUUGAGAUUAAUGGCCAGAAUGGCCUGCAAGUUGUGCUCAGCAAGUGGCUGGAAAGCUCUAUUAACUUCGCUGGCUACGAUGAGAUUCGACAAAACGUCAUCGCCCUCUCCAAACUCUUUACCCUCAACGACCCGCGCGUCGUCCAGACAAUGGUUAAAGGUGAACUUAUCAUUCCCAAAAGCGACCGGAUCAUGACCAGGUCACAAGCAAAACUAAACCCCGACCAGUACACCAUCAUCCCCGCCCCACUCAAAAUCCUCAAAGUCCUUAUUGAAGAACUGCUCUCGGCAUCGGGGCACUCCAAUUCCCUGGCUGCUGCCGCGGCCGCCGAGUUUGCGGAUGAAGAGGCCGACGACGAUGGUUGGGAGGAUGUCCACACUAAUGUUCUGGAUCUUGGCCUGGGUAGUACAAAGGCCGAGUUAAUGGCCUAUGGUGAAGGCCAAGGACAUUUCAAGAGGCAGAGAGACGACGAGACGCAAGCGUAUCUCAUCGAGUUUUUCAUCAGAGCUGGACGGGAAAAUCUAGCGGAUUUCAAUAUGAACUACGCGGCGCUGAGUGAUGGGGAGAAGGCGAAGUUGCAGGAGCUGGCUCAAGGCGCUUGA